AUUCCCAGCGAACGGUCACACUCCUCGCCAGAAUUCAUAUUCAUUGCAAUUAAUUUUACUUAAUUUGCAAUUCCUACGUGUCUCGCUUUAGUUGGCAUUAUGGUCGACAAUUUGGAGCCGCUGGAGCCCAGCCUGCAGAAUCUAGUGGAGCAGGACUCGCUGAAGUGGAUCUUUGUGGGCGGCAAAGGCGGCGUGGGCAAGACGACCUGCAGUUCCAGCCUGGCGGUUCAGCUGUCGAAAGUGCGCGAAUCGGUGCUGAUUAUAUCCACAGAUCCGGCGCACAACAUAUCUGAUGCAUUCGAUCAGAAGUUCACCAAGGUGCCCACAAAGGUCAAUGGCUUCGACAACCUGUUCGCCAUGGAAAUCGACCCAAAUGCUGGACUCAACGAGCUGCCCGAGGAGUACUUCGAGGGCGAGAACGAGGCGCUGCGCGUGAGCAAGGGCGUCAUGCAGGAGAUGAUCAAUGCCCUGCCCGGCAUCGAUGAGGCGAUGAGCUACGCGGAGGUGAUGAAGCUGGUCAAGGGCAUGAACUUCUCGGUGGUGGUGUUCGACACGGCGCCCACGGGACACACGCUGCGCCUGAUUGCAUUCCCCCAAGUGGUGGAGAAGGGACUGGGCAAGCUGCUGCGGCUCAAGAUGAAGGUGGCGCCGCUCAUAUCACAGUUCGCCUCCAUGCUGGGCAUGGCGGAUGUGAACGCGGACACACUCUCCCAGAAACUGGACGACAUGCUGCGCGUGAUCACCCAGGUCAACGAGCAGUUCAAGAAUCCAGAUCAAACCACCUUCGUCUGCGUCUGCAUAGCCGAGUUCUUUUCGCUGUACGAGACGGAACGCCUGGUCCAAGAGCUAACCAAGUGCGGCAUUGACGUCCACAACAUCAUUGUGAAUCAGCUGCUGUUCCUGCAGAACUCGCACGACUCGUGCAGCAUGUGCGCCUCCCGCUACAAGAUCCAGGAGAAGUACCUGGACCAGAUUGCCGACCUGUACGAAGACUUCCACGUGACCAAGUUGCCGCUGCUCGAGAAGGAGGUGCGCGGUCCGGAGGGCAUCCGCUCCUUCUCCGAGAACCUUAUGAAGCCGUACCAGCCCAAGGAAAAGCCCAAGGAGUAGGAUAGCCUGUCCACCCCUAUACCCAUCCGUUUGUAAGUUUUCUUCCCCUUAGUUUGUGUGAACAGAAAGUGCGUGAAAUAAAUUUGAGUUGAGGUA